AUAUAAGACGGUUCGGUAAUACGCCGAACCACGGUUAUUGCGGCAAAUAAGGAUUCAUUCAUUAUUCUCCUGUAUCUUAUCAGUUAAGUCUUCCAGAAACAUGGAUGGGUUUGCGAUUAUUCUUCGCCGUGGAAAAAUUUGCUUAAAGCAAAAAUCUCUGAGCGAAACUAUGGGCAACCACUGAGGAGAGAGAGAGCUGAUGACACUACGGAGAAUAAUAGCGGCUGAUAAUGAAAACCGAUCGAACCAGGAUUUCAAGCGACAGAGUGACAUCAACAGUCAAAUACAAAAUGCUGUGAAUUGCGAAGAAGCAUUCAAGUAGAAAGCGCUAAAACCUUCGGUACAAAGUCCAAAGUCCAUUUCGACCUCGCCUAAUCCUUUUCCGCUAUUUAGGCGUCGCUGCCGACUCAAAAAUAACGCCAUUACUUUGUUUAAAUUACCUGCUGUCGCAACGUUAACGAUACAGCCCAUUAUAUUAUUUGAUUCAUAUACCUCAUUUUGUGCUCUGCGGAUCAAAUUACCUUAGGCGUUUCACUGGCGGGGACAUUCGUUUUUGUAUAAAUUAAAAUGAAACGCGAUAGUUUAGUCUAAGAGCCGGAUUCAAUUAUAAUGUUCAUGUCGAAUGGUUAAAGGCCUCCCAUUCAAACAAAAUAUAAUCAAUCGCACUGCAGUCGGGAAAUGACUUGGAAAUUACGCGAUCGUGAAACUCCGGGAACACGUGAACGCGGCGUGGAAGUUGAUUUUAUGCUUUUUCCUCAUGGGACUUUAACACUCAAGAUAGCGUUUUCUUUUUCAGUUUUACGAGUGUGAAUGGCCUGUGUUUGCUUAAUCCUCGAACAGUCGAAAACGUCGUAGAUAUCGGAGUGGAAAAAGCAGUAGCAUAUUUUUAUGAACUGUCGACAGGAAAUUUGAAAGUUGGAAAGUUUAUAAUUUUGCAGUGUGAUCAACUGAAAUGAGUAUGAUUGCUGCAAGAUUAACAAAGAUUAAAGGAUUGGUCGCGAACCAUGCAAUUUUAUGCAGACUGACUGCUCUACCUCCAGGCGUGAAUUCUCAACAAGUUACAAGAUGUUUGGGAACGAGCAUUGCAUCACCCGAUAUUGCAGACAAAGAACAUAUAAAACCAAUAUCUAAGGUGAUGGUGGCAAACAGGGGUGAGAUUGCCAUUCGAGUCUUCCGAGCAUGCACCGAACUUGGAAUUCCGACAGUUGCUAUAUAUUCUGAACAAGAUAAACAGCAGAUGCACAGACAAAAGGCUGAUGAAUCUUAUCGUGUUGGGAAAGGUUUACCUCCAGUCGAUGCCUAUCUCUGCAUCCCAGAGAUAGUUGAAGUAGCUAAGUCUGUUGGAGUGGAUGCGAUUCAUCCUGGAUAUGGAUUUUUAUCAGAGCGAUCUGAUUUUGCUCAAGCAUGUAAUGAUGCUGGAAUCCAAUUCAUUGGUCCUUCUCCAGAAGUUGUUCGGGCAAUGGGAGAUAAAGUUGCAGCAAGGGAGAUCGCAGUUGCCGCAGGUGUCCCUGUAAUACCUGGUACUGAUGGUCCAAUAACAAGUUUAGAGGAAGCUGAGGAAUUUGGAUUAAAAUAUGGUUUUCCUCUCAUGUUGAAAGCGGCUUAUGGUGGUGGUGGAAGAGGAAUGAGAGUGGUUAAAAAAAUGGAGGAGUUGAAAAACAGUUAUGAACGGGCAGUAUCAGAAGCAGAAAAGGCAUUUGGAAAUGGAUCGAUGUUUAUCGAAAAAUUUCUGGAAGAUCCAAGACAUAUUGAAGUUCAAAUUUUAGGUGAUAAAUAUGGCAACCUUGUUCACUUGUAUGAGAGGGAUUGUUCAAUACAGAGGCGACAUCAGAAAGUUGUUGAAAUUGCUCCUGCAGGAAACUUGCCAAUUACGUUGCGUCGAAUGCUUGCAGAUGAUGCUUUAAGAAUUGGAAGGCAUGUGGGAUACCAAAAUGCUGGAACAGUGGAGUUCUUGCUUGAUAAUCAAGGAAGACAUUAUUUUAUUGAAGUAAAUUCAAGACUUCAAGUUGAGCAUACAAUAACAGAAGAAAUCACAAAUGUUGAUUUGGUUCAAUCUCAGAUCAGAUUAGCAGAAGGAUAUUCUUUACCUGAUUUGGGUAUAAAUCAAGAAAAAAUACAAAUAAAUGGAAGUGCAAUACAAUGCCGAGUAACUACCGAAGAUCCAGCGUUUGAUUUCAGGCCUGACACUGGACGAAUUGAGGUGUUCAGAAGUGGUGAGGGAAUGGGAAUAAGAUUGGAUAGUGCUUCUGCCUUUGCUGGUGCAAUCAUUUCUCCACAUUAUGAUUCUCUUCUCGUUAAAGUGAUUGCCCACGCACCUGACAUGCCAGCAGCAGCAAAGAAAAUGGACAGAGCAUUGAGAGAGUUCAGGAUAAGAGGUGUCAAGACAAAUCUAGGAUUUCUUCUCAAUGUGAUAAACAAUGAAACAUUUUUGAGAGGAAAAGUUACAACUCAGUUUAUUGACAACAAUCCGCAGUUGUUCAAGCUUGAUCCAAGCCGAAAUCGUGCUGGUAAACUUCUUUAUUAUCUUGCUGAUGUGCUUGUUAACGGACCUUCAACUCCGCUACCAACAAGUUUGAGACCUCCCCAUAUUGAUGUACCCGCACCUCAACAUCCUACAAAUAAACAUCCACCCAGAGGCUGGCGAAAUAUUCUGAUUGAGAAUGGCCCCGAAGCUUUUGCAAAAGCAGUAAGAGAACAUAAAGGUCUUCUUUUGACUGACACCACUAUGAGAGAUGCUCAUCAGUCAUUGCUUGCGACUCGUGUUCGUACACAUGACCUUGUGAAGGUCGCACCUUUUGUUUCACAUAAGUUUUCCAAUUUGUUCAGUGUGGAAAAUUGGGGAGGUGCAACUUUCGAUGUUGCAAUGAGAUUUUUGCAUGAAUGUCCAUGGGAGAGAUUACGUGAACUCAGGAAACAAAUUCCUAACAUUCCUUUUCAAAUGCUUCUCAGAGGUGCGAAUGCUGUUGGAUACACAAGUUAUCCUGAUAAUGUUGUGAAGAAAUUUUGUGAUGCUGCCUACCGCAAUGGCAUGGAUGUGUUCCGUGUUUUUGAUUCAAUGAACUAUAUGCCAAACAUGAUUCUGGGAAUUGAAGCUUCUGGAGAAUCAGGUGGUGUCGUUGAAGCUGCAAUAUCGUAUACGGGUGACGUAUCAGACGAGACCAGAGUUACAAAAUAUGAUCUCAAGUAUUAUUUAGAUUUCGCAGAUGAGUUGGUUCGAGCAGGAACUCAUAUCUUAUGUAUUAAGGAUAUGGCUGGAUUAUUGAAACCUCAAGCAUCAAAAGUAUUAAUUAGUGAGUUGAGAGAAAGAUACCCAGAUAUGCCUAUUCAUGUACAUACUCAUGAUACAUCUGGAGCAGGAGUUGCAUCCAUGCUGGCAGCAGCUGAGGCAGGAGCAGAUAUUGUUGAUGUUGCUGUUGAUUCAAUGUCAGGUAUGACAUCACAACCUAGUAUGGGUGCUGUUGUAUCGUCAUUGCAAAGAACACAACUUGAUACUGGAAUUUCAAUGUCAGUUAUUGGUGAAUACGAUGAAUAUUGGGAGAGAACAAGGGAGUUAUACGCACCAUUCGAAUGUACAGUAACUAUGAAGUCAGGCAAUUCUGAUGUAUACGAACAUGAGAUACCAGGAGGGCAAUAUACAAAUCUACAUUUCCAAGCACACAGUAUGGGAUUGGGAAGUCAAUUCAAAGAAGUCAAGAAGAAGUAUAUUGAAGCUAACAAAUUAUUCGGGGACUUGAUAAAGGUAACACCUUCAUCGAAGGUGGUUGGUGAUAUGGCGCAAUUUAUGGUUCAAAAUAAGUUGAGUGCAGAUGAUGUAAAAGAGAAGAUCGAUGAAUUAUCACUUCCAUCAUCGGUCAUUGAAAUGAUGAGUGGUGCUAUUGGUUAUCCACCAGGAGGCUUCCCAGAACCAAUAAGAACUCAGAUUGUCAAGGACAGGAAAGUGUUUGAAGGAAGACCAGGAGCAGAUCUUCCAUCCGUUGAUUUAUUAAAAUUAAAAGAAGAAUUGAUUGAAGAACAUGGACCGUAUGUUACAGAUGAAGAUGUUCUCAGUGCUGCUAUGUAUCCAUCAGUAACAGAUGACUUUUUGAGAUUUCGCGACAAGUUUGGUCCUGUGAACAAAUUGGACACUCCAAACUUUUUAAUCGGACCAAGAAUUGCUGAAGAAUUCACUGUAGAAUUGGAAAAAGGAAAAACAUUACAUUUCAAGCCAUUAGCUGUGAGUGACUUGAAGGAAGACACUGGAGAGAGAGAAGUGUUUGUUGAAUUGAAUGGCCAAGUUAGAUCAGUCAUGGUCAAAGAUAAAGAAGCAAUGAAGGAAAUGCAUUUCCAUCCAAAAGCAAAACCUGGAGUGAAAGGAUCAAUUGGAUCUCCCAUGCCUGGUGAUGUUUUGUCAGUUAAAGUUGAGGUUGGUGAUGAAGUUGAAAAGGGACAAACUCUUCUUGUACUUACCGCCAUGAAAAUGGAAAUGGCUGUGACGUCACCAAUCAGCGGAGUUGUAAAAGAAAUAGCGGCAAAGACCGGUGAACAUGUGGAAGGCGAAGAUUUGUUGGUCGAGAUUGUGGAAAUGAAAUAGUUUAGUGAGAAGUAAUAAUAAAUCACUGAUGAAGUUGUCGGGAAGUCCACGUUACAAAAAAAAACUUUGAAUAUGCUUAAGAAAUUUACGUUUGGUUUAUUUUUGUAAUCUAUUGUUAAACAUGUCUAAGUAAUUCAGACGCACUUAUUGAGAAAAGCAUGAAAAAUCGUUGUUUGGUGAAAUUACCAUUUUGAAGCGAGAGUACUUCCUGUGUGUUGAACUUACAAAUUAUAAGUCUUGUAAUAUGGUCCCAUGUACAUGAAGUGUACAAUGAUGCUACAGAAAAAUCUGAUAUGGGAGUUAGUCAAAAUAUAUUGCAUUCAAUAAACAAAUUUUUUUUGUUCCAUAUUUUAAUGUUGUCAAAUUAACAUCAUUAUUUUGAUUUAUAAUAUGAGGAAAACUUUGUGUUUUAUGUUGUAUAUUGUUUCUUAUAUUUUGUAUAAAUAUCGACAUGAUCAAGAAUAAGAGCAUUCGCCACAAAUAAAAUUUAAUUUAUUAUUAUAUUAUUACUAGAUGAACUAUUGUUUAAUCAUACUACUGCUAAUGUCCGAGAUAUAUCCAAUGUUUUAAUUAUUCUUUACUUUAAAGCAAUAUGUGAUUACAUCAUUAGCCUGACACCAUAUGCUGGAAUACAGUAGCUGUGAAUAGCUAUUUUUGACUAUAUUGCGAGUUUGUGGCAUUAAGAUUGACCCACAAACAUUCCACACGUCCUAAAUUUUUCAAAAUACUCUUACGCGUAGUUUUAUUUUUCACCAACGUGAACAAAGAGCGGCAUCUCUGGGUGAAAGGUAUGAUAACAAACCAAUACUGGUUAUCGAGCAGCAACACCCAUGACACCUGACUUACCCUUAGCCCUAAUUUCUUAAUACUAAGCCAACUGUUCAAAAACCAAUUUUGUUUACAAUCUACCUUCAAUCUUUUGUGCAAAUCACAAGCCUGUCCGUCAAAAUAAUUUUUGCAAUUUUGUUUGUGCAAUUCAUAUGUUUAUUGAGCUGCGAAAUGUGCCAAUUCAAUUAAAAUUGACUGUAUUUACUGCUGUUUAUUUAGCUAGCUUAUUUACCCACGUUUAUAACAUGAAUAUAUAUCCAAACUUAAAAGGUACACUUAUCCUUCUCAGAUGAAAAAAAAUUCUAAUUAUCGUAUUCUUGUCCAGGUGACAAGACUUACCGUAACUUUUUAGGAUGGUACGUUAAAAAAUAUUGUUACAACAAUCGGUACCAAAAAAGUCUUAUUUCUGUUUAUCAACACCUUGUGGAGCUUAAAGUCUAGUGGAGAGUGGCAAGAACUAUUUGUCAGAAUGCUGCAGCCCAUUCCUGUUUCGAAAUGUUUUUCAAUUAUACAUCCAUAAAAGAGCAAGUUUCAAUAGCUCUGCUUAAGAUCCUCAUGAAAGAACUACAUUUUUGUUACCUAUUGUAAUGGAUUUUUGCUUUUGAAUUGCUUUUCUUUUUUGCUACAAAUACUUUAUGUCUCAAUAAACAGAUGCAAAAAUUUUCAA